UGCGAGAAGUGCGACGGGAAGUGCGUUAUCUGCGACUCCUAUGUCCGGCCCUCGACUUUGGUCCGCAUCUGCGAUGAGUGCAACUAUGGCUCAUAUCAGGGCCGGUGUGUCAUCUGCGGUGGUCCCGGGGUUAGUGACGCCUACUAUUGCAAGGAGUGUACGAUUCAGGAGAAGGACAGGGAUGGCUGUCCCAAGAUUGUCAACUUGGGCUCCAGUAAAACGGAUCUCUUUUAUGAGCGCAAGAAGUAUGGCUUCAAAAAGAGGUGA